UUUUGUUGAGGUGACCCCAAUGCAUGAAGCCAUAAAUUGAGCUUGUUAAGUCAAGAAUGAAUAAGCAAAAGAAGAAAGAAAAAACAAAGAAAAGGGUCACCAACUAAUGAUAUCCUUAUGUGAGAAAUCAUGAAGUGGGUACUCUGUAGAAUAGGAAGAAGAUAACGAGUCCUCCUGCUUCCCGUGAUAAAAACCGAAGGCCUUACAGAUAAUCCUAAGAACAGAGUGACCAACAGAGAGGAGCACAUCCGUAAUCUUUGAAGAACCAAUAGUUGCAUCCAUGUUUGAAUUAGUUCCCAAUCUUUAGUUGAUUAUCAACACAAACAAUUCAAUUGCUAAUUCUCUUUUGCCUCGAAGCAAACUAUGAAUGAUCUUAAUUCUGAAAAUUCAAAGCCAUGGAACAUCUAUACCAGUUCAGACCCAAGCCCAUCUCAGACAGGAGUUGAUCGUGAAGCUCCAUGGAAAAAUUUUGGCACGUCGAUGAAUGCUCUCUCUUUUGGCUUUGUUGCCACGGCAAUCUUAAUUUCGAUGUUUCUUAUCAUGGCCAUCUUUGAACAUUUGUUUAAGCCAAGUCCUUCUUUCUCUUCCCCACAAGAUGGAAACCGCAGAUCACUGGAAUCAAGAUCAAUGGAGAAACUUGGAAAUCCACAAGCAGUUUCAGCACAUUAUUCAUCAGACUUCUCCGUGUUGAUGCCGGGACAGCGCUAUCCAACCUACAUUGCCCAACCUGCUCCUCUCCCCUGUCCAAGGGAAGGGGUUUAUUGGCCACCCCAUGAACAUAAUCUUGUCCCACCUUAGGCUGUGAUACUUGCAUUUAAGCAUCUACUAUUGUUGCUUGUACUUUUACAGAAGAAUUUAGUAGUAUCACUAUUAUAUCCCCUCUCUCUUUAA